AGUGCAUCUGGGUACCGCCCCCAUCAGUCGCGGGCCGUUCCCCACUGAUCAGACAAAGGACGCCGAGAGGCUGGGAGCCGACAGCCUGAACGACUUGCAGACGUCGUCGCCUGCACGAGACGCCCCCGGGCAGAAUUGGAAAACCCUUCGAGGACGGCAAUAUCGCUGUCGCUAUAGCCAAGAGCGAUCUUGUCGCGAAGUUGUCGCGACAUGCUUGGCAGCUGCGGCCUCGUGGCAUCGCUGACACUGCUACUUCGGCACGUUCUGUCGCAGGAUAUUCCAGCUGAGGAACCACCUAAUUUCGUCACCGGAGAGCCUUAUGUAAACUGUGCUGCCGAUGCGAUCUACAUCAAACUGAGGACGAAUCGAACCUUCGAGGGACACGUGCACGUGAAGUUCGCCUCGAACAAAUUCUGCUAUCAAACCUUGGUAACGAAUAAUCAAAUCGAAGUACUCGUUCCGCACGAAGAAUGCGCAGUGCCGCGACGUCGGUCAAAGUCGCCCGAGGGAGUUUUUCUGGAAACAUCGCUUGCCGUCGCUUUCCAUCCCGAUUUUACUACGGCUGAUGAUCGAAUUUUUCAUUUCCGCUGCUUUCACCAGCGAACCUCGCAAGGCCAUCAGGAAACGGGAAGCCCAACCGAACCUCCGCGAGAUACUUCGCACUCUCCAGCAUGCUCUUACACAGUGAGAAAAUGGCCUAAUGGCCCUCUCGUGGGAACAGUGGUCCUUGGACAAACUGUGUUUCACCAGUGGAGUUGCGAGGACGAGAAAGACAACUGCCUUAUUGUGCGGAGCUGCUCGGUUGUGGCUGGCGAUACGACACACGAGCUAAUUGGCGCAGAUGGUUGCUCGAAAAACACGAAGAUCUUGCCUCAUCUCACAUACUUCAGCCCGACUAUGGUCGGCCAAAAUGUCAGCGUAUUUGGAGUUUCCCAAACAUCUCUAAUCUACUUUGAAUGUGAAUUGUUACUGAUGCCGCCUAAAAAUGGAAUGUGUGACAUACCGACAUGUUUAGAUCAGAAUUUGAACCGAACGAGGAGAAGCUACGAUAAUGAUUCUAGUAUCAGCGUCGACGUUCAGACACAGCGCAUAGAGGUGUCAGAGCUGGGUGUCAUCUCUGACGUCGAAUCGGAAGCAACACACUCAGUUGAACUGACUUGUCAUGAGAAAGCAUCCUAUCCCGUGCACGAGAUCUGCGUUCCAUUCAAUCCUUUUGUUAUAUUCUUGGCUGGAAUGAUAUCAGUCAUGGUUUUCAUCGCAUUCACAAUCGUAAUGAUCUCGCUGCAACGGUACCGGCACUACUCGAUGUCGGAAACGAGGUGCUAAGCAAUCUGUUUCAACUUCUUUCAACGAAAAGCAUUAACUUACCAUCAAAUUGAUCUCCUGUGUUUGCUCAUGACAUCUUCGAUGUGCC